AUGGCUGUUCUUCGAAGAGUUUCCGUAAGAUCAGAGUUUCCAGAAUUCCUAGAGAUUCCAGAUUUCCCAGGGUUUCCAGAAUUCCAAGACUUCCAAGAUUUCCCAGAGUUUCCAGAAUCCCAAGAUUUCCCAGAGUUUCCAGAAUUCCCAGAGAUUCCAGAAUUUCAAGAUUUCCCAGAGUUUCAAGAAUUCCAAGACUUCCAAGAUUUCCCAGAGUUUCCAGAAUUCCAAGGCUUCCAAGAUUUCCCAGAGUUUCCAGUAUUCCAAGACUUCCAAGAUUUCCCAGAGUUUCCAGAAUCCCAAGACUUCCAAGACUUCCAAGAUUUCCCAGAGUUUCCAGAAUCCCAAGACUUCCAAGAUUUCCCAGAGUUUCCAGAAUCCCAAGACUUUCAAGACUUCCAAGAUUUCCCAGAGUUUCCAGAAUUCCAAGACUUCCAAGAGUUUCCAAAAUCCCAAGACUUUCAAGAUUUCCCAGAGUUUCCAGAAUCCCAAGACUUCCAAGAUUUCCCAGAGUUUCCAGAUUUCCCAGAGUUUCAAGAAUUCCAAGAUUUCCCAGAGUUUCAAGACUUCCAAGAUUUUCAAGAAUUCCCAGAGUUUCCAGAAUCCAAAGACUUCCAAGAUUUCCCAGAGUUUCAAGACUUCCAAGAUUUCCCAGAGUUUCAAGACUUCCAAGAUUUCCCAGAGUUUCAAGACUUCCAAGAUUUUCAAGAAUUCCGACUUUUAAGUCUCUCAAAACUCCUAAGAAUUCCAAGACUUUCAAAAGUUUUAAGCAUCGACUUAACUCCAAAGCGAUCGAAAUUCCCUCAAGACACUUGGAUUCAUUUUGGAACCGAGAUUCGAAUGCCCAUCGCUACCCAGUGA